UGAUGUGCUGUUCUGCAAGCAAUAAAAGGCUUCCGUUUCUGACGAAUGAUGAUUAACCCAGUGUCUAGUGGAAAACGCUGAGAAUUAGAGGUACCGUUAGGUCGAGCAGGCUGUAUCGAGGCGUGUGCUAGAGCAAUUGGAACCACCGUGAUAGAAACGGUGCACAUGCAUCAAAGCAUAAACAUGGCGAAUGGACGUGGUAUCGUAAAACUUGCUCAUCAUGAACAACAGGAAUUAUGUCGAACACGUGCUGCUUAUCGGCAAGGGAAAAAGUUGACGGCUGUCAAGGUUUAUACUGUUAACGACGAGUCCCAACAUCUGAUGAUAUGUGGUGUACCAAAAUUACACCUGACUGAGGAAGUGAAAAGACUUAUGUCUCCAUAUGGAGAUGUUAAAAAGAUACAUGUCGUUGCGGAUUAUCCUACAGAACAAUUUACAGAAGUAUAUCAUGUACAUUAUGUACGUAUUCAGAGUGCCAGAAUUGCAAAACGAUUUGUGGAUGGUAAGAAUUUUUAUGGAGGUAUCUUACAUGUCUUUUAUGCUCCUGAAUUAGAAUCUAUUACUGAAACAAGAGCAAAGCUCAUACAACGUCGCAAAGAUAUUGCUUCAAGAAUUAGAAGACAUCAGGAAGAUCCAAUAAAUCCACAAAUUGAUCUAUUUGUGCCCAAGGAACAAUACCAACGAAAGAAAAAGAUGCCUACUUUACCAUUGACGGAAGAUCGUCUGGCUCAGAAUUACCCUGGGGAAUCAUUUACUACAAUCUACAAUGGAAUACCAAGGGAAAUUGAUCCCAGACCUGUCUCUGAACCCAGUUUACCUUCAAAUUGGUCAAAGAACCCAACCAGACCUAUACCUGCACAUGAAUUGUUGCAAAGUCCUUAUCAGUUGUAUGAGCCAAUUAUGAGAGAAGCUGGUGUUAGAGAAUCAAAAUUAUUUUCUAAUGAAACGAAUUUUGGCAAAAAGAGAAAUUAUAAAGGGCAUAUUGUUGAAGAAAAUGCCAAAGUAAAAAUUGUUCGACCACAAAUAAUAGAUACAAGAAACAUUGCAAAGAAACCUGAUCCCAAAGACAAAAACAUAUUUACUAAUGUGAAACGUGUCGAAAAUGGAAUUACAAUUAAGUUAUUACCAAAACAUCAGGAUGAAAAGAAGCGUAUUAUUAUAAAAAACUCCAGUAUCACACACUUGGUGCAACCAAGUGUAAAACUUCAAUCAUCGAUUGAAAAUGUUAAAAGUCAAAUACGAGAAGCCAUGGCGAAAAAGUAAAUUACGGGACUAAAUUAUAAUAAUUCAGUAAGCACUAUUGUACAUAUAUAAAUGUUUAUUUAGUUUUUUUAUAAAUAAAUAUUACAAUGAAA